AUGGUUGCUCAUCCUUUUGAUGCUAUCAGCGAUGCCGAAAUCCGGCUCACCUCCAAGGUGAUCAAAGACUCCCUUAAAGCCUCGCAGAAGCCUCAUUUUUGCCAAAUAGACAGACUCGACCCACCAAAGAAGGAUAUGAUCAGAUACCUAGAGGCCGAGAAGACCGGAAAGCCACUUCCUCAGAUCUCCAGAAUCACCUACGCCUACUUUUAUCUGGGAACCGACUUCUACAAGUCUCUUGUAAAUUGCACCUAUGGCCACCUGAUUACCACUCAGAAACAGCCAGAAGGAGUUGUUGGGCCGCUGGUUUGGGAGGAUGUCACAGCAAUAGAGGAAUUAUUGACUGUGCACCCGCUCGUCCAAGCGGAGAUCAAGAAGCUUAAGCUGCCACCAUCCAUCAAAGUAGUUUGCGAUCCCUGGAUCUACGGAACAGACGACCCUAAAGAGAAGAGACUGCUGAUUCAGUGCUACAUGUAUUUGGCCAAUGCUUCGCACCCUGAGUCCAACCACUAUUCUCUGCCGCUUAAGUUCUCACCUGUUUUUGAGUGUUUGACCAAGAAAUUCGUGAGGAUGGACUAUCUGCCUUCCGGAGUUGACGAAACCUUUGUCACUGAAACUAAGCCUUGGACUAAAUUCCCGUUUGUUGAGUACCAUCCAGACCUCAACGGGGAGACUCCUAGACCACUCAAGCCAUUGAUUGUUCAGCAGCCCGAGGGACCAAGUUUUGGCGUUGAUGGUCACAAGAUCUCGUGGCAAGGAUGGGAGUUCUAUGUGGUGCCAACAGCCAGAGAGGGAUUUGCAAUUUACGACAUCCAUUUCAAAGGAAGGUCGGUUGUCUAUAGAUUGUCUCUUUCCGAGAUGACAGUGCCUUACGGCGACCCGAGACCCCCUUACCAUAGAAAACAGGCAUUUGACUUGGGAGAUUCUGGAUUUGGAACCACUGGUAACUCUCUCAAGCUGGGCUGCGACUGUGUCGGUGUGAUCAAAUAUCUGGAUUGUUCCAUUACGGACUCAAAAGGCCAGCCGAAACUAGUCCCAAGCACCGUUUGCUUGCACGAACAGGAUGGGGGUCUGCUUUACAAGCACAUGAACUAUAGGACUGGCGGUGCGGUCACCGCCAGAAGAAGGGAGUUUGUUGCUCAAACCAUCGCCACGGUUGCUAACUAUGAAUACAUUCUCAACAUUAUUUUUGAUCAAGCGGGUGAGAUCAGAAUCCACGUCAGAGCAACAGGUAUUCUUUCGACCAUGCCGAUUGACGAAGGACUCACCGUGCCUUGGGGCACCAACGUUGGACCUAUGGUGAUGGCUGCUUACCACCAGCAUCUGCUCUCGUUCAGGAUCGACCCCGCUGUCGAUGGCUACCAAAAUACCGUCGUUUAUGACGAUGUUGAAAACAUGCCAGCCGGAACUAGCUUCAACCCUUACGGUGUUGGUUUUGUGACAAAGAGGUCAUACGUCGAGAAGCCGGGCUAUGUCGAGCAGUCUCCUUUCACCAACAGAUCUUACAAGAUCAUUAACGAGAAUAAAAUCAACCCCAUCUCGAAAAGGCCUGUUGCGUACAAAAUCAUGAUGCCGGCCAGACAAAUGCUGCUCGCUGACGAAGAGUCGUACAACAACAAGAGGGCACAUUUCGCCACCCAGCAAGUCUGGGUUACAAAGUACAGGGACAACGAGCUGUUUGCUGCUGGCGAGUUCACCAAUCAGUCGCAGAAAGACACUGGUCUCAAGAAGUGGGCCUACAGGAACGAGAAUGUUAGAAACGAUAACCCAGUGGUCUGGGCAACUCUCGGGUUUACCCACAUCCCUAGAGUCGAGGACUUCCCUGUGAUGCCUGUGGAGACACACGAGAUUGCUAUCGUGCCAAACGACUUCUUUGAUAAGAAUCCGGCGUUGGACGUUCCGCAGUCCACUCAGAGCUUCAACAAGUCUGAGUAUUAUCCGGAAGCAUCUUCAGAAGGAGCUUGCUGCAAAUCUAGUUUAUAG